AUGGCAAACGAAGCCGAGGAGACUGUUCGAAAGCUAGCAUCUCACAGGGGAGUGCAUGGAGUGAUAAUAGUAAAUGGGGAAGGUAUACCCAUCAAGACAACUUUGGACAAUCAUAUAUCAGUUCAGUACGCAGGAUUGAUGUCAGCACUGGUGGACAAAGCGAAGGCUGUCGUUCGAGAUUUGGAUCCCUCAAACGAUCUUACGUUCCUGAGGAUAAGAAGUAAGAAGAGCGAGGUUAUGGUCGCGCCGGAUAAGGACUUCAUAUUGAUCGUCGUCCAGCAUCCUGUCGAAUGA